CAUCACCAGGGCAACAUGGCAUUCGCGGGCAAAUACGAAUUUGAAGGCGAUGAGAACUACGAUGACUUUGUGAAGAAAAUUGGCCUCCCCAGUGACAAGGUGGAAAUGGGAAGGAACUGCAAAAUAGUCACCGAGGUGGUGCAGAACGGAAACGACUUCAUCUGGACCCAGCAUUUCCCAGGAGGCCGCACCACAACCAACACAUUCACAGUUGGCAAGGAAGCAGACAUGGAGACUAUGGGUGGCAAAAAGUUCAAG